GGUUUGGUUGUACGGGGAUGCUGGUGAGAGCAUAACGAGAACUGGAACAUCAGAUGAACGUCAGCCAAUCAGAGCGCUCGCUUUAAGGUGGUAUCAAACUCUCCGACCAAUCAGCGCGCAGUAUUUUAGGUAUCUGCGACGGUGCAGCGCAUCAACAGCAGCUGUUGGAGCUUCUCGCUUUUGAUUUUCCUGCUCAGAGGCGGCUUUACUGAACCGGCUUCGUUCAUUCCGCGUGUUUUACGUGCGCUACAUUGUCAUCAGCCGCAUCAGUUCAUGCUCAUCAAGCUAAGUCAUCAUGCCUGACAGGGAAAUCAAAUCUCCAAUCUGGCACCCAGAGCCCGACACAGUGGAGGACAUGUUUGAUCACACGUAUAAAGAAAAAGAAGGGCCCAAACCUCCCACCAUCAUAGUGUGGAGAAAUGUCAUCCUCAUGAGUUUACUGCACAUCGGAGCUCUCUAUGGACUCUACCUGUUUCCAUCUGCACGUGUGCUCACAUGGGUCUGGUUUUUCACGUGUUUCGUGUUCAGCGCUCUGGGCAUCACCGCUGGCGUUCACAGGCUGUGGAGUCACCGAUCUUACAAAGCGUCUUUACCUCUCCGGAUUUUUCUCGCCUUCGGCAACUCCAUGGCCUUCCAGAACGACAUCUACGAAUGGGCGCGCGAUCACCGCGUUCACCACAAAUACUCCGAGACGGACGCCGACCCUCAUAACGCCGUGCGAGGGUUUUUCUUCUCUCACGUCGGCUGGCUGCUGGUCCGCAAACAUCCGGACGUCAUCGAAAAGGGACGCAAGCUAGAGCUCGAUGACCUGAAGGCCGAUAAGGUGGUCAUGUUUCAAAGGAGAUACUACAAGCCGUCCGUGCUGCUGAUGUGCUUCUUCGUGCCGACGUUCGUGCCGUGGUACGUGUGGGGCGAGUCGCUGUGGGUGGCGUAUUUCGUCCCUUGCCUUCUCAGAUACGCGCUUGUGCUCAACGCCACCUGGCUGGUGAACAGCGCCGCACACAUGUGGGGAAACCGGCCCUACGACAGCAGCAUCAACCCCCGAGAGAACAGAUUUGUGGCCUUCAGCGCUAUAGGCGAAGGCUUCCAUAACUACCACCACACGUUUCCCUUUGACUACGCCACCAGCGAGUUCGGCUGCAAAAUCAAUCUGACCACCUGUUUCAUUGACUUGAUGUGUUUCCUGGGUCUGGCCAGAGAGCCCAAGCGCGUGUCCAGAGAGGUCGUGCUCGCUCGAGCUCAGCGCACCGGAGACAGCAGCCACAGGAGCGGCUAACGGCCGCCGCUCAUCCUAACGAACUUCCGACCUGAACACAGAAGGACAAUCGGUCCUUCCAGUGACGGGGAGUUUCGACGCCGUCGAAGCUUCCGCUCUAACUUCAUGUCAGACGAGAAAUGUUUUCUUUCCCCAUGACGCUUUAAUACGGGGAUCCGACCUGUUUGUGUAGCGCUUAUUCAGAUUUUCUUUCCGGCUUCCUCUUCUCGACAGCGGCUGUAGAUAUUUUUGUCGCUGACCCGCCAGUUUAGGAGCCAAACGCGGCGCCCGGCGACCCCGUCACCCUCCCCUGACCCUUUUUUGCGCACGCCUUACCAAAUCUAGCUGUGCACUUUGGUAGAAAUUAAAUUUAAGUUGCACCUUACAGUAUCUGGAAUAGACCAGAUGCGGUUGUAGUUCAUAAUUUAAUAUUGCCAAACUGUUGUAUUGCCAUACUUGCACAAAUUGCUCAUUUGGAGAAAUGCUUGAAAAGUUGAAAUCCGUAUGAUUCUCGAUCAUAUUUUUUGAGCAUUUUUGACCAUGGCACAAAUACGAUGAGUCUUUUUGCUACUGCGGAUUGAGACUAAUUUAGUGUCUAACACAAAUGCGUUGAGUAACAUUGACUCGUAAUUAAUAAUCAUUUCAGUCGCUGACAACUACAGAGGACGUCUGCUGCCGGAUUGAACGGUUCGGUUUACGUGAGAAUGACAGCGUGUCUUGAUUCUUGAUUAUUAGUACUGUAAAAAUGUAUAGUUUGAGUUUGUAUUGUAAUUAAUAGUCUUAUGGAGUCCUGCUUUAAUGUUAGUGUUAGCAUGCUGUAUUAAUACAGAACUCCCUUUUCUAUCACAACAUAAUACAGACGGGCAUAUCUGCCGAUUUACAGUAAUUGAAAUAGGUGCCAAAUACGAUGCCAAAAACCAUCGUGUUGCAUGCGAGCCGAAAGGGGGUUUUGCUCUAGUUGUAUGUUUAAUCAAACAUAAUGUAUUUUCUAAUUUUUCAGUGCUAUUUUUUCCAUUUUUUUUUUUUUUUUGGAUUUUGUUUGACAAGUUGCUUGUGAUUCAGUUGUUUGGUGACUUUAAAGCCAUUUGGAUUGUAGUUCUUUGAGGACUUCAUACUGUAUGCCGACGCCCGUUCUUCUCACACAGGACAGAUCGCCUUAUUUUCGCUCUGACACUUGUGACUCAAGAUGCCAAAAUGCGGUUGUGAUAUUUCUCAUGCUGUUUGGAAGAAGGCUUCGGCUCUUAAAACUAAUGUGAUGUUCCUGUUUGCGAUAACAGCCUGUAAUAGUCAAUAGACUCUUGUUUCAUAAUUAUUGGAAAUAAAGUCUCAAGCAAAGAGCUUUGACACUUUCUGACA